CGCCCCGUGCACGAUCAGAGUCUGUGGCGAUCAGCCUAUACACGCGUUCUCAACAGUUGUGAUCCGUGGGAAAAACUCAAACUGGACCGAUUGCCGAUCGAGGUUGCGCAACGCUAUCGGUACAAUGCAGUGAAAAAGAAGUGGGUCGAGGACACGGUUCAAAUCCGUAUGGAGGAACAGUCGUUCAGCCGUGGAGCAAUGCGUGAAUGUUUCCGAGCCAAAAAGUUGUCCAACUUCUCACUGAGCAAUGACUGGUCCCACGCUUCCAAUUUGGUCGCAAAGCGUUACAUCGAUUCGGUCGACUCAAAUGUCUACUUUGAUGAUGUGCGCUUGCAAAUGGAUGCGAAAUUAUGGGGUGAAGAAUUCAGUCGUCAACCGGCCAUAGCCAGAAAGCUUCGAACUCUACCGUGA